AUGCGUUUACGCAGAUUUAAUCCAAUAGCAGAACAUGUGCCAGGGAAAAAUCUCGUGGUUCCCGACACUCUUUCCAGGAGUCCGCUAACUGGAAACACUGAGGACACAGAGGAGGAAGUCAAUCUCUAUGUAGACUGUGUCGUAGAGAAUCUUCCCAUAUCAGAUCAACGAAUAGAGCGCAUUCGAUUAGCUACAGCAGAUGAUCCAGAGUUGUCUGAAGUUUUGAAGAGGACUCAGAACUGGUGGCCAGACCAUGAGAGAUCACUGAAAGCAGAAAUCCGACCAUACUUUUCCGCAAGAUCCGAAUUGUCUGUCUGGAAUGGAAUUCUGAUGUACAGAGACCGAAUUGUUAUUCCGGAGGCUCUUAGACCAGAAACAUUGCAAGACAUACAUUCAGGACACUUAGGUCUGAACAAGUGCCGAGAACGCGCACGAGGAGCUGUAUGGUGGCCAGGAAUAUCAACCGAUAUAGAGCGUACCGUAAAGUCCUGCAAGUUCUGUCUUGUUCAUCAACCAAAACAGAACCGAGAACCGUUGAAGACUACAGUCCUUCCAGAUCGUCCGUGGCAAAAGAUAGCUGCAGAUCUGUGUGAGCUGCAGGGUAGACAUUUCCUAGUAGUUACAGAUUAUUUUUCUCGUUAUCUGGAAAUUGCGUAUCUGGAUUCGUUGACUAGUGCUCAUGUAAUUGGAAAACUCAAGAAUAUAUUGGCUCGUUGGGGUAUUCCAGAGGAAUUGGUAACCGACAACGGCACCCAGUUUACAUCAGACUCUUUCAAGAAGUUCGCAGCUAAGUACGGAUUCGCACAUACAACCAGCAGUCCUCACUACCCGCAAGCAAACGGCGAGGCGGAGAGCGCUGUUAAGACCGCGAAGCGUAUACGACAGCAGGAUGACAUCUUUGUUGCGCUAAAGGCGUACUGUUCAACACCCAUCUCAACUACAGGAGUCAGUCCAGCCGAACUCAUCAUGGGACGGAGGAUUCGAACCGUUGUUCCAGUCAAUCCGUCUUCACUAGCACCAAAGUGGCCGGACUUGGACCAAGUGAGGAGACAGGACGCACGAACGAAGGAAACUUCAAAAUUUCAUUAUGACAACCGAUUUGGGGUUAGGAAACUCCACCGGCUUGGACCCGGAGACCAAGUUCGCAUCAAGACCGACAAAGAGAAACAGUGGACAGAUAGUGGCACAAUCACUAGUGCAAGUUACAAAAUUCGAUCAUACCUAGUGGAAACCGAUCAUGGAACAUUGAGGAGAAAUCGGAGGCACUUGCAGCAUACUGGAUACAUGAACACCGAAUUGCCACAUACCGUAAAUGUGCCGUAUCCGUUAACCGACAGUAAACCAAGUGUUUCGUCUGACGUUGAGCCACCCUCUGAGCCGCCUAGCCAGGAAGUUACAUCUCCUUCCGUGAAGUCCAAAAACGUAACUCGUUCGGGACGUGUCAUUCACAAACCCAUAAGAUUCAAAGACUACGAAUGA